CCUUCCAACUACCCUAAUCAGCAGCAGCCUAAACGAGUUCAAACUCUAAGCAAUAUAAGAAAAGAAAACGAAAAUCCAGAACAGAGAGGCGAGUAAAAGCAUCAUGAUGUCUAGGAUUCCAUCUUUAUCAGAAAUCUUCUCCUGGAUCCUCACCUUGAUCACCUCCUUGAGGAUCCCUGCUCCGUCAGAAAUCUUCUCAUGGUACGCCUCCCUGACCACGACGGCGAUGAUGGCUCGAACGGCGGUCCGCGAUUUCCUCCCGGCGCCAGCCCAGCAGUAUCUCCACGCUCUGGCCCAGAGUCUCUUCGGCCGCCGAUUACCCCCGGGCCUCACCUUGAUCUUCGACGCCACCACCGGCUACGCCCGCAACGAAAUCUUCGACGCAGCCGAGGCCUACCUCGCCACCAAGAUCAACCACGACACCGACUGCCUCCACGUCACCAAGACCGCCGCCGACAAGAACCUCUUCUUCUCGUUUGAAAACAACGAGCGGAUCGUCGACAAGUUCCGGGGCCUCGAGCUCACCUGGCGCUUCUUCCGCUCCCCCGGAUCUCCGUCGUUGGGCGGCGGGCGAGGCGACCCGAGCAACCCGGCCGGGUCAAUCGCGUCGCCGGAAAAACGCUGCUUCCAGUUGAGUUUCCCCAAGGAACACAAAGAGCUGGUUCUGGGCUCCUACAUACCUUUCGUCCUGGAUGAGCUGAAGGCGACGAGGCACGAGGAGAGGGUUCUCAAGAUUCACACGCUGGACAAUAAGAACUACCACCACAUUGGGCCAUGGAACUCGGUCAAUUUGGACCAUCCGGCGACGUUCGACACUCUGGCGAUGGAGCCGUCACUCAAGGAGGCCAUAGUCCAGGACCUCGACAGGUUCCGGAGCAGGAAGGAUUUCUACAGACGGGUGGGCCGGGCCUGGAAGAGGGGUUAUCUGCUCUACGGCCCGCCGGGGACCGGGAAAUCGAGCUUGAUCGGCGCCAUGGCCAAUUACUUGAAGUUUGACGUCUACGACUUGCAGCUGGCGUCUGUGCAGGAUGACUGUGACCUCCGCCGGGUCCUGCUCGCCACCGGCAACAGGUCCAUCCUCGUCAUUGAGGAUAUUGACUGCGGCGCUGAUUUGCCUGACCGGAAUGAGAAGAAGAAGAAGCCAGUUCAGGCAAGCACGGUGUAUCCAUAUGACCCCUACGCACGCCAGCCCAAGAUAACCUUAUCGGGGCUACUAAACUUCAUCGACGGGCUAUGGUCGAGCUGCGGCGACGAGAGGAUCAUCGUGUUCACCACCAACCACAAGGAGAAGCUGGACCCGGCCUUGCUCCGGCCGGGUCGAAUGGACAUGCACGUCCACAUGUCCUACUGCACCCUAGAAGCGUUCAAGGUGCUGGCCAGCAACUACCUGGAGGCCGACGGCGGGUCCCACAGGCUGUGUGAGGAGAUCGGAGGGUUGAUCGGGGAUGUCAGGGUCACGCCGGCCCAAGUCGCGGAGGAGCUGAUGAAGAGCAACGAUGCCGACGUGGCACUGGGUGAGGUCGUGAGUUUGCUCAAGAGGAAGAGGGUGGAAGCUGCAAUGGCUAAGCCAGAGAUUGACAAGGAAGAGGAAGAGGAGGAGGAAAAGGUGGGAGAUGGAGAGGAGGAUGGCAGUGCGGUGUUUGAUGAGAUGGAUAAGCAGCUGAUCAAUGGAGAUGUGAAGGGGCAUAAGGCGGAUCCCGUGGGUUGGAACAAACUGGUAAAGAGUAUGAGUACGAGAAAUGUGACUUUGAGACGUAGGAGAAGGUAAGACUAUUGGUUCCGAACUUCCGAUGGAGAACUCGACAGAUUAUAAAGCAUCCAGCGAUUUUAUUUUUAGGAAUUGAUGGAAUAAGAUUUUAACGUGUUUAGUGUUUGAUAACUA